CUCUCUCUCUCUCCCCCUCGUACGCCGCUCUCUCUCUUCGGGGAUUUGGAGACUUUCGCCACUUGCCCCCUCUUUCGACCUAGGGCUUGGAAAUCGGUCCUCCUUCUCUCUCUCUCUCUCGCUCUCUCUCUCUCAUUCAUCUCCUUCGUCCCUUGUACCUCCACCUCUCGGCUUCCCCGCCAAACCCUCUGUCCCCGCCCACUUCCCCCGUCGCUGCGUACGCCCUAGGGUUUUCUCGGGUCAACGCCAUCAACGCCUCCCCUUCUCUCAUCUUCUCAGAGUGAGGUGAUGUGGCGGAGCGAUGUACUGGUUUGGUUCAGGUUGGAAAUUGGAAUGCCUGCAAUUAUAGACUGAGACUACGUAAUAGACAUGGUCAAUCUAAAGUUAGAUUUAGUAUAUGUGAAAUCAUAUUGCAACGGUGAAAAGGCAUUGAAAUGAGGAAAAGGCCCAUCUUUUCCAUUGCUCUACUUUGGAUCUGCACGAAUGGACGGGCAAAUCAAUGGCUGAUCUUGGUCAGAAUUGUUCUUGCAUGAACUGUGGUUUUGAUGGCUCAAUUAGAACUAUCCUGCAGCUUAGUUCAUGUUGACUGAUUUGGAAAUUGGAUCAAAUGGCAAAGCGGAGCAUUCUGGCUAUUUGCCAGGCGGGUGGAGAGUUUAUCACAAACAGUGAUGGAUCCAUGUCUUAUUCUGGUGGAGAGGCACAUGCUAUUGAUAUCGAACGUGACAUGCCUCUUGAUGAUCUGAAAUCAGAGAUAUCUUCAAUGUUUAACUGCAAUGUUGAUAACCUUUCCAUCAAGUACUUCCUUCCUAACAACAAGCGAACUCUAAUCACAGUUUCCAAUGACAAAGACCUACGAAGAAUGGUUGAUUUUCAUGCUGGUUCAGACACGACCGAUAUUUUUAUCAUGAAGAAGGUUGAGAACAGGAUAAUUAGGAGUGUGGUAGCUGAUUCAGAUGCCACCACAGCCACCGUGGCAACUUUGAGGGAUGCUAAACGACAAAGACUAUCUGCAGAUUGGUACAAUGCAAUCACUGGCGUGGGGCAAAUAUUUGAAAAUCAGAAGGCUUUUCGCGAGGCCUUGCAUAAGUAUGCCAUUGCAAAUAGUUUCACAUAUAGAUAUGUAAAGAAUGAUGCAUCUCGCAUAACUGCUGAAUGUUCCUCUGAGGAUUGUCCAUGGCGCAUCCAUGCAUCAAGAUCGCCGGUUAGGAAGCAAUUCAUGAUUAAGAAAAUGGUCGAUAGACACACAUGUGGGAAAGAACAUGUUGCCAAAGAUGGUCAUCGUCUAGCCUCCCAGCGAUGGGUCGCAAGCGUAAUAAAGGAGAGAUUGCGUGAUAGUCCCAAUUAUAGUCCAAGGGAUAUUGCCAAUGAUCUCCAACGAGAAUAUGGACUCAAUUUGAAUUAUUCACAGGCAUGGCGUGGAAAAUUUAUUGCGAGAAAAGAACUGCAUAACUCAGUUGAAGAGGCAUGUAAUCAAUUGCCUUGGUUUUGCGAUAGGAUAAUUGAGACAAACCCAGGAAGUGUAGCCACAGUAGUUACAUCUGAAGAUUCGAAAUGUCGCCUCUUUGUCGCAUUUCAUGCCUCCCUUACCGGCUUUGAACAUGGUUGCCGACCCCUAAUCUUCCUGGAUGGGAUUUCAUUGAAGGCAGUCAAGCAGUGGAAGCUGCUAACUGCAACUGCUGUUGAUGGAGAAGGUAAUAUUUUUCCUGUUGCCUUAUCGGUAGUGGAUGCUGAGACGAGAGAAAACUGGCACUGGUUUUUGAUGCAACUUAGAACUUCCUUGACCAUGCCUCGGCCUAUAACGUUCAUAUCAAACAGAGAAAGUGGACUGUGGGAGGAGACACCUCAGGUGUUCGAGGGCUCUCACCAUGGGUGCUGUGUAAAUUCUCUGAUUGAAGAUUUCAAGGCACAAUUUGAUGAAUUGUGGCCUGAACAGAAAAAGGGUACCUUGGUCGAUCUUCUCAAACAGUGCAUAUAUACUUGCAAAGUAGAUGAGUUUGAUGAGUGCCUUGAGAACAUCAAGACCGAGUCAAAAGAACUUGCCGAAUGGCUUUUGGAUACGAAACCUGAGUGCUGGUCUGAUGCAUUUUUUAAGGGGAUACGAUAUGGUCAGUACUCUUUAAAUGCUGCAGAAACAUUCAAUAGCUGGAUCACAGCGAGAUAUGAGCUGUCAGUUGUACAGAUGGUCGACAUGAUCAGGUGCAGGCUGAUGGAGAUGAUGUACUCACGGCGGGAGUCUUCAAACACGUGGGGUGAUAUGCUUACACCAUCUGCAAAUCAGAAGGUAAAAGAUCUCCUAAUCAAAGCACGAACCAUGAAUGUCAGCUGCACAACGGUCGACGUCUUCGAGGUGCGUGAUGAUGACGAUUCGGUCAGUGUUGUGAACACUGGGACGUGGGAAUGUACGUGCAGAAAAUGGCACGUCACCGGCUUGCCAUGCAUGCAUGCUCUUGCUGUAAUCGAACGCAUGAACGGAUGCGUGUAUGACUAUUGCGCCAAGUAUUUCACAACCGAAUGCUACCGUCUUACCUAUUCGUCAUCCAUCAAUCCAAUACCUGAUGUUGGCAGGCUCGAAAGCAGCGAACUAAUCACUAACAGUCCCGUCGCAUGCCCUCUUCGUGCCCGUCGGAUGGUUGGAAGACCAAAAGUAAAGCCGGCUGAUCCUCGGAUAACAGUUAAACGAGCAAUACGCUGCAGUCAGUGCAAAGCAUUUGGGCAUAAUAAGGCAACUUGUAAGGCAGCCUCGUGACCGAAUGGUGCAACAUUUUCUUACUGUCUGGUAGUCAUGUGUAAAUGUGAAACAAGUGUUCAUAGGAUCUAUCUUUGUAGAAUGUGUUAUCUGGAAAUCUGAUGUUAUUAGUCCUGCUUCUCCUGAAGCGCAUUAUGUUCGUUCGGAGAUUGCGUUUUAUGUCGUUGAGAUUUCAGGUUUCCUGUUGUUUCUAGUCAUUAAUUUUUCGUGUGAUGUAAGCUGUACUUCUUUUCUCUUUUCUUUUUCUGGAAUGCUUUCACAGUGUAGGCGAUGCGCUCUA